CGUUGAACGCACGUAGUUUAAAUUGCAUAAACGUUACUAGUUACGUAAUAUUUUUCCUUGGAUUAUCCUAUAUGCGAAAAGAUCACGUGAUUCAUAAUAAGUUAGACACUCGGACUGUAAACAUGCAGUGCAUUCUCGAAAAUUUUUAUAUUUUUUAAUAAAUAAUCUUCCUGUGAUUUUGAAGUGUUGUAAUGAAAUUAAUUAAUUAUUAUUAUUAAAAAACAAUAAAGCUCGUGAUAAUAAUAGGUGCAAUAAUGAGUAAAGUUCUAAUUAUCAGAUCUGAUUCUAAGGAAAUAACGUAUCGAAUUAAUUAAUCUUGAUUAAAUUCGUAUUAAAAUGAGAUUUUGAAGUAGUAUCAAAGAUAUACUUAUCAGUAAUUUCCAAGAUAAUUUUUAUCAGUAUCUGAAAAUGUGAUAUGGGUAUCACGGAAGUUUUGCGAUAAUCAGCCUCAUUUGGACGUUGAUCAGAAUAGAAAGGGUCUCGUGAAAUUUAUAUGAAGUAGAAAAAAAAUGGAAAUUUCUAUUUGUGCUCAGCUCCUGUUACUUGCGGUUUGUGCUGCUUUGACUUAUUUUUCGUUGAGGAAAGUGAAAAAUGAAGAGACUCAAAAUUCAGGUUUCAGGAAAUAUUUUUCGCAAAUUGAAUUCUGGCUGUGUGUCAGAAGACGGAAAAGAAUUUAUGAAUAUCUUCGAGAAGAAAAAUUCGAUAAGUUGCUGAAAAUUGAUAAGGCGAAGUAUAAGGAUGAAAUGAAAAAAAUCCUGAAUGACAAAGAUAUUUUAGAUAGCUCUUUAUUUUACGGAACUGACCAAAAAGGAAAUUCAUUUUUCAUCAAACAUGUCAGCAAAGGCAAUGAGAAGGAACUACUCUUGGUUUUAAAUUUUUCUGAUGGAAGAACCUACGAACUUCCAGAUCAUCCAAGCACAAAAACGUUGAAAUUUGACAAACAAAGUUGGUCCAUUGGUGGCUUAAAAAUUUCAGUAUUGGAACCUUUGAAACGAUUUCGUAUUACAUUUAACGGUUUGCUCAGAAAUGGAAUUAGGCACAAAAUUUCAGACGGUAUGGGAGAAAUUGAACAUGUUCGUUUUAAUUUCAUAUUCAUUGCGAAUUCUGCGCCUUUGAUGAAUACCGAUUUUUGGAGAAAUGAUUUAAACAAGGGAUUAUCAACUAAAUGGUUGGGUAAAAUAAAAUCUGAAGAAGCGAGUGGAUUUGAUCAAUGGGGGUCUCUUAUAGGUCAAGCUAUUUUUGAAGAUUCAUCUACCAAAGAAUUUUAUUUGAGAGGCGUACGUCAAAAAGAAUGGAAAAGUGAAAUAAUUUCAAAUUGCGAUAGGAUAAUUUGCUUUUUUGGAUCGAUUAAAGGACUUACAUUUCACUUCAAUAUCAGAGAAUUAAAAGAUUGCUCACAAAUAGUAAAAUUUGGCCAUUUGAAAUUGGUCGACGGCUCUAUACAUGCUGUGGAUUGGUUAAAUUUUAACGCUGAAGUUUUUGUUAAUCCGCAGGAAGGAAAUUCCGAAAUAAUUCAAUUCAAAGCUGGAGAAAAUAAAUUUGAAUUCUCUUCAAAGUUUCAAAAAGAUUCAAGGCGAAUUUUGCAUCAGGGUGAAAAUUUAGAUGAAGAAUAUUUGACUUACGAAGUUAAGUUGCAAAAAAAUAAAAAUGAAGGAACAGCAUUGGUUGUAAUAUGGACUCCUCAAAAGAGAAACUUCUCAAAGCAGAAUAGCUCUGAACUUUCUAAUUCUUUGAGACCUAAUUUAAUGAAGGUGUCAACAAAUUUUGUUUUAUCAUUUCGAGAAGAGACUUGUCAAAAUGAAGAACUUGUUGGUGGAAAGGGAAGCUCUCUCGCUUUGUUAACUUCAAUCGAAACUAAUGAAUUUUCUGUGCCACAAGGCUUUUGCAUAACAGCUCCUGCACUAAAGUACCAAAUCGAUUCGUGUGAGAAUUUGUCACAAGCUAUUGAUGACCUUGAAAAAUUGCACAUCAAUCAAAAGACUGAAGUUUUGAAAAAUUAUUGCGAAAGAAUUGUUUCGUUAUUGGAAAGUACAUCUAUAAUUGCGCCAGUACGAGAAACAAUAUUGAAAGCUUUAAAGGAUUUGGAAGAGGAUGAGAAAUUGAAGAAUUCAAAGGAAAAUUCAGUACGUUUUGCUGUUCGAUCAAGUGCAGUCGGGGAAGACAGUGAAGAAACUUCAGCCGCUGGUCAAAAUUCGACUUUUCUUGGAAUUCAGGGUGCAGAAAAUAUUUUGAAAUAUGUUGCACAUUGUUGGGCGAGUCUUUACACUUACCAGAGUGUUGAAUACAGAAGGAGACAAGGAUUGCCUAUAAAAGCCUCUAUGGGAGUUUGUGUCCAAAAAAUGGUGAAUGCCGAAGUAGCAGGUGUGAUGUUCACCAGACAUCCAACAACAGGCGAUCCAAGAAAGAUUCUAAUCACUUCAAAUUAUGGCCUUGGCGAGACAGUAGUUUCAGCAAUGGUGGAACCAGACACAAUAAUAUUUGAAAGGGACUGGAAUGAUACUUUAACAAUCAAGAGUAUUGCAGUAGGAAAAAGAUUUCAAAAGAUUACAAUGACCGAAAAUUCCGGAACUGGUCUCAUUGAACUCACUGAAGAGGAAAUUAAUAAAAGCUCUCUUUCAAAUCAGAUCGCCCUCAAUUUAGCUAAAGUUGGAAUACAGUUGGAAAAUAUAUUCCAGAGUUCUCGAGAUAUUGAAUGGGCUAUUGUCGGAGAUAAAAUAUUUCUACUUCAAUCUCGUCCCAUCACUUCUCUUGAUAACUGGACCGAUUUUGAAUUGACACACGAGUUGGAUUCAAUAGUCCCGGUUGAAAAUGAUAUUCUUACAUUUGCAAACGUUGGCGAAGUUCUUCCUGGAGUCUUAUCAACUUUGACACUCAGCACUUUCGUCGUUUAUUUGAAUGGUGUCGUUAACGGAAAUUUCAACAAGCCUUCCAUUAUUCCCUACAUUGAACAUAACAUUCAUAUUUCUUCUAUGAGAAUCACCCUGAAUUAUAUGAAUACAAUGCUGGCAAAAAUCGAAAAAGAAUUACCUAUAACGGUCAAAAUAAUCGACGUGGCUGUUUGUGGUCAUGAAAUAACAACACCAGAACUUUAUGAACAAGCGAGAGAAAGAAAUGGUACAAAUAACUUCAUAGAGUCGUUUUUAUUUAAACUAGACAUGGCCUUCGAUAUUUGGAAUGGCGACAAAAAAUUACAGGAAAUAUUUCAAGUUUUUAAGAAUAUCAAACUAGAUCCGACUGAGUUUGAUAGGCCUCUAAAUAUUUAUCAAGCAAUCGAAAAUUCAAUGGAUCAACUAGAAGAGAUUACAGAUUGCCACAAUAUAAUUUCAAGAAUAAGUGUUUUCUGGGAAAUUUUCCUCAUUUCGGUUCUCACUGAAAACAGCGGCGAUCUAACAGCUGAACAUUAUUCAGACAUUGCUGUUUUGUUAAGUUCAUGUAGCGACGUUAUUAGUGCAGAAGUUCCAAUAGCACUACGAAAAAUUGCAAAAUUUAUCAAAGAUACUGGAAGGGGAGAAGAAUUUUCUCAAAUUGAUGCUGGGAAUGUUGCUGAGUGGCUCAAAGAAAAUUGCACAAAAGCUGCUGAUUUAUUAGAAAAGUUUUUGAAGCACCAUGGACACAGAAGUAUUAAAGAAAUGGACUUCAUUUCUGAAACUUGGAGUAUGAAACCUGAAAAACUUUUUAGUGCUAUACAGGCGAUGGUAAAAUGUGCAGCAGAAACGACACAAAUUGUAGAUCUCAGCCCAGAAGAGACAGUCGCUAAAUUGAAAACUCCAAAGAAAAAAAUAACCAGAUGGAUUUUAGAAAAAUUCGUGAUGCGUUCUAGAAAGGCGGUGGCUCGUCGAGAAAAGUCCAAAUCAGUUUUAACACAUGCGAUACACAAAUUCAGAUUGUGUUAUCGAAAACUCGCCAACCUACUCGUUGCAGAAAAUCGUCUUCCCGAAAAGAAUCUGUUAUUUUUCUUAACUCACCACGAGAUUGGAUUAUUGAUUGAGAAACGUGACCUUUCCUUAGUUCGAAAGUCGUUCAAUGCUGAGGAGAAAACAAUGUACCCAAUGCAUGGGACUAAAUUUUAUUUUUGUAUUAUCUGCGUAAUAAAAUAGUGCAAUAUGCAACAAGGGACGAAAGGAUUUUUUCCGCGGGCAGUAAUUACCCGAGGUAAUUACAUUUUUCUAUAGCUUUGUUCGCGCCUCGAAUUUUGAUCGACUAAUUUUUACUUUCAGCCCGCUAAUUUUAUUUUCGCCUCGAAAAUUUUACUUUCGCCCCGCUAAUUUUACUUUCACCUCGCUAAUUUUACGUUCACCACUCUGAUUUUACUUUCGCUCCGCUAAUUUUACUUUCGUCCCGCUAAUUUUACGUUCUCCCCGCUGAUUUUACAUUCGUCCCGCUAGUUUUACUUUCGCCCCGUUAAUUUUUCUUUCGCUCCGCUAGUUUUACUUUCGACCCACUAAUUUUACUUUCGCCCCUCUAAUUUUACUUUCGCCCCUCUAAUUUUACUUUCACCCCGCUAAUUUUACGUUCACCACGCUGGUUUUACUUUCGUCCCGCUAAUUUUAUUUUCACCUCGAAAAUUUUACUUUCUGCCCGCUAGUUUUACUUUCACCUAGUUUAUUUUACUUUCGCCUUGCUGAUUUUACUUUCGCCGCGCUAAUUUUCCUUUUUUCCCGAUAAUUUUACGUUCGCCCCGCUGAUUUUACUUUUGCCAUGAUGAUUUUACUUUCGCCCUGCUAAUGUUAUUUUAUCUUCGCAAAUUUUUCUUUCGUCUCGAUAGUUUUACUUUCACCUCGCUAAUUUUAAUUUCGCUCCGCAAAUUCGGCUUGCCGAAAAUAUAUGCUACUUUCGCCCUUGUUUUUAGGGGCAAAAGGUAGCUAUUUCGGUGGAAUGUGGAAUAAAAUAAUUGAUAUAAUUUUAUUAUGACAUUAAAUGCUUCUUAACAAAUAGAAACUAUUUUUCAAAUACACUUAUAUAGAAAAAAUUCUUUUUUACGAAGAUAUUAGCAAAAUAGGACAGAAAUGGACCGACCGAAUCUCAUGCAUUUGGUCUAUUGUUUUCCGCUCAGAAAUCAACGAAGUGGAUUUAGUUGUGUUUGAAGUGAAAA